UUGACUCAUUGAAUCUGUUUCACUCUGCGCAGUAAUGAUCUACAUAAAAUUAUUAUCAUGUUGUUUACUCGCAACUGUGAUCUUUGAUUUGACAUUACAAUGCCUAAAUGAUGAUCCAAAAGUUUGUUUACCUGAUGCCGGUUGCUAUAUUGGCAAAUCCAUGGAUGGUUAUCAAAUAAGAAAAUUUCAGGCAUUUCUUGGCAUACCAUAUGCAUCUCCAGCUAACCGAUUUGAACCAGCAAAUCGUUAUGUAAGUAAUAAAACACACACAGUCAAGGAAGAAAAACCCGACUGUUUGCAAAAAAACUACUUACUACCUAGUAAACCGAUAACUGGCAGUGAGGAUUGUUUGUAUUUGAAUCUGUAUAGACCAAUUUUAACGGACAAUCAAAGUAAUUUAAACGUUAUGGUCUAUAUAUAUGGCGGAGGGUUUUUCGCUGGAACAGCUAAUCCAAUUAUGACCGGCCCGGAAUAUAUAAUGGACCAUGGCGAUGUCAUACUAGUAACAUUUGGCUAUCGUUUGGGUGCAUUUGGUUUCCUAUCAACUGGUGACGAAGUACUUCCCGGAAAUGUUGGCCAAAAAGAUCAAGUUAUGGCCCUAACGUGGGUGUCUGACAAUAUAGCUUACUUCGGUGGCGAUCGGCUUCGUGUUACAUUGUUUGGCCAAAGUGCGGGAGCAGUAUCGGCCCAUAUGCACAUGUUGAGCAAAAUGUCGCAAAAUUUAUUCUAUGCCGUAAUAGCAAUAAGUGGAACAGCCAAUGUACCAUUCGGUAUUGAUGAAACACCCGAACAUACGUUUAGACAGACAGCUCGAUAUAGUAACAUAACCGAUUGGGAUACAUUGAAUACAACAGCAUUGGUAAAGCUCUUGCAGAAUGCGAAAGCAAAUACUGUACUUCAUGCCGGAGAUCAUUUAAAAUAUUGGGAUAUCGAUAAUAUGGUCAACUAUAGACCAGUAAUAGAAAAACCUGGUAAAAAUUCUUUUCUAGACCAACAUCCCGAUGAAUUUUUACAGAGUGGUAAUUAUGAGGCAGUGCCCAUAAUGUUUGGUACCGUACCAAAUGAGGGCGGUGUUCGGGUUGUGGCUAUUAUGGAAUCGGAUGACUUAAGGGAAAGGUUUAAUAAGAAUUUUUAUGAAUUGAUGGUGAAAUUUUUGGAAUUUCCAUCGAAAUUUAAUACUUCACAGAUUGACCAGAAAAUGGAUAUGAUAUUAAAGGAAUAUUUUAAUGGAGUUAAAAAAUUAAGCAAUGAAACUAAGAAGGGAUUUAUGGAUCUUGUUACAGAUCGUGGCUUCCAUCAUCCCCUUUACAAUGCUCUCAAAAUGUUUGUUGAUAAAAAACGGACUGAUCUUACACCUGCCUUUAUGUACAUAUUUAAUUAUCUCGGAACCUAUACAUAUGCCAAUGUGUAUGCAGGUCAUGCAACCGGUCAUGAGUACGGUGUAGUUCACCGUGAUGAUCUCAUCUAUUUGUUAAGGUCACCUCUUAUAUUUCCCAAUAUUGAGAAUAAUUCAACAGAAGCAAAUGUCAUUAAGAAUUAUGUAAAUGAUCUUGUGUAUUUUGCUCAAUGGAGACAACCCAAAUCUUUACAACCCUUUACACCGUGCAACAAGUCAUCAUUUUAUCCAGCAGAGGGGAAAAUAUGUCAAUAUCAAGAAUUUGUUAAUGGCGAUAAUGGUACUUUGGUUAUAAAACUGAAUGAUGAGUUUAAUACGCGACGUAUGAAGUUUUGGGAUAAUAUUUUGAAAUAAUAAAAAUGUAGUGGAUACAUAUUGAAUAGUUUUAAACAUGUAAUAACUGUUGGGGAUAAAUAAAUAAUGUCUUA